GGGCGCCUUUUCUGAAGUGGUGCUCGCCGAGAACAAACUCGAGAGGGGCAAAUACAAUGCAGUCAAGUGCAUUAAUCGACGCGGGCUCCGGGGGAAGGAGGAGGCCCUGGAGAAUGAGAUCUCUGUACUGCGCAGACUCAGUCAUCCGAACAUAGUGCGACUUGUAGAUGUGUUUGAAGAUAAAACCCACGUGUACUUGGUCAUGGAGCUGGUAACGGGUGGCGAGCUCUUCGAUCGUAUUGUGGAGAAAGGCAGCUACACAGAGAAGGAUGCCAGUCACCUGAUACGACAGGUUCUCGAGGCAGUGGAUUAUAUGCACGACAGAGGCGUGGUCCACAGAGAUCUGAAGCCGGAGAACUUGCUGUUCUACAGUCCUGCUGACGACUCCAAGAUCAUGAUCAGCGACUUCGGCUUGUCCAAGAUGGAGGGCUCCGGUAUCAUGGCGACCGCCUGCGGCACACCGGGAUAUGUAGGUGAGUCAGUCAGCACGCACAACGUCAUUGUUUCAUUUGUCAUGAGCUGUUGCGCUCUUACUACCGACAACUUGUCCUGCGGGUGUUGCACUACAGGUCUAAAAACCAGCAGUCGACUAGCCCUACAAUCCAGCAGUCGACUAGCCCUACAAUCCAGCAGUCGACUAGCCCUACAAUCCAGCAGUCGACUAGCCCUACAAUCCAGCAGUCGACUAGCCCUACAAUCCAGCAGUCGACUAGCCCUACAAUCCAGCAGUCGACUAGCCCUACAAUCCAGCAGUCGACUAGCCCUAAAAACCAGCAGUCGACUAGCCCUACAAUCCAGCAGUCGACUAGCCCUACAAUCCAGCAGUCGACUAGCCCUACAAUCCAGCAGUCGACUAGCCCUACAAUCCAGCAGUCGACUAGCCCUACAAUCCAGCAGGGGAACAUUGUGCGGCUACCCCCCGUUCUAUGACGAGAACGACGCCGAGCUGUUCAAGCAGAUCCUCAAGGCUCAGUACGAGUUCGACUCACCCUUCUGGGACGAGAUCUCAGACUCGGCCAAGGACUUUAUCCGACACUUGAUGUGUAAAGAGCCCAUGUCAAGGUUCACGUGUAAAGGAGCGAUCGCCCAUCCCUGGAUUUCUGGAAAUGCUGCGCUGGACAAGAACAUUCAUGCUUCUGUGAAGGCCCAAAUGCUCAAAACGUUUGCCCGUAUGAAGUGGAAACAAGCGUACAACGCGACGGCUGUCAUUCGUCAGAUGAAGAAGCUGGUGGUGAACAAGGAGGAGAACAGCAGCAACCAUGCCAGCACAGCCACCGCCACCCCAGCCGCGGGCAAUGGCAGCGGUCAAUGAGUGUGUCCAGCCCGGCUGUCUUUCCAACUCUCCACAUCGCUGAUGGCCAAAAAGCACACAGAUCCAAGGUUCACUGCGUUGUCCGUGUCUCGUGCGGAACUCGAAACAGACAACAAGAUGAUAUAUCUUCUUGGGAGGGGCAGCUUGGGGCAGGUUUCACAGCCUCUGCCUGCUCUGUGUGGAUGCCUCAGAUUCACAUCUUCAGAUCUGGGACACUUCUGGCUGGUGGUCAGUUGUAUGGAUGCUAACUUGUAAAGGAAGAUCUGGGUUUAUUUUUAUUUUGUAGGAAAUGUAUUGUUCAGGAAAGUUACCUUUAAGAAAAGCUGAUGAGUGAUCGCAGAGUUUUUUAGACAAUGACCAUGAUGGUCUGUAAAGAUUUUAUUUUCUUUGAAGAUAUGGGCAUGCCCAAAGAGAAUAACUUAAGGGAACGGUAGUUUAUCUUAUAUUUUGUAGAAGAAGAAGGACUAGUCAGUUUAUGAUGUGUCCCCUGUUUUUGUAAUGCUAUUAAGAAAUUUUCUGUCUGAGAGAGAAGGCAUGGAGUUUCCGUCUUGCCUGGCAUGUUGGGACUGUUGAGCCUUAUUGGUCAGAGGAAUACUUCUUCUCUGACAAAUCUUCAGAUGUUCAUCUGCAGCCAUCUCGACUUAUUUUCUUAGUACUUUUUUCAGCUUGUUCUUUUAUGUCAAAAGUACUUAAAAAUACUUAGAUUUUAGUAUUGAAAGCUUAUUUUAAUUUUUUUUUUAAAGCGGAUUUUAUUAGACUAUCAUUGUACUUAACUGCAGGGUCUGUAUAAUUGUGUCUGUCAGUGAGCAGUGGAUGUUUCUGUGUGUUGAUUGUGCGAGUGUUGUCAACAUGACAAUUACAACUACUGACUGGGUCACUCCUCUAUUUGUCAUAAUAAUCCAUCGGACCCUGGAUCCUAUAACACCUAAUUACAACUUUCCUUAUACAUGAAAAAUUAUUUGCAUUCUUUUCAAGUUAAGACGUUUAUUGGAAAUUUCUUGUUGUAUGGAAGUGAAUGUUCGAAUGAGGUCAAAAUACCUGUAAAUGAGUGACAUGCCUAAUAGUGUGGGAUGUACUUGAGGAAGAAAUUUCUUUGGCUGUUGUUCAUAUUCAUAUAUUGUCUUGUUGUACACUUUCAAAUUCGUUUCUUUCAUGACAAAUUUGAGCACAAGUUUUGUUUGGGGAAAAUGUUAUUGACUUAUGAUGUUGUUUUGAAUUGUAUCCCCAAAAUGUUUUUGGUGAAAGGACAAACACGACAGUAUUGGUGGGCUCGCUCAUGACGUUUCAUCCUCUGAUAUUAUCUUCUGACUAUUUCUACGUAUCGAUGAGUUCUCCCGCCGAGCCAUCGCUCCUCUUUCUACUUCUGGGCCUGCUAUUUUCUCCCUAGCAUUAUGGGCUGCUUGCCCACAUGCUUCCCUUAAACUUUACUAUUCUCCAAGACAGAUACUUCCAUUUAGCUCUGAUGUUGUUCCUAUUUGUUGUAUUGCAUUGUUUCAAAUUUUCUCGCACUCUCAUGAAUGCGCUCGCAUAAAACUUCGUUAUAUUCCCUCUCCUGUGCAAAGUGUCAAUGAGACCCUCACUGACUGGUCAAAAGUUCUGCCAGAAACUACACGCACGUGUCAGCUCCAUGACCUACAGACUCGUCGCAUAGCCUACUUUCCUGGCCACUGAAGGUUGAAGCAUAUGUGAGGCAUCGUGGUGAAAUCAGGCACUCGUCAAAA